ACACGGGGGACUUCCGUCGGUGCCUCUUCUAGCUGGAUAACGAUGGCUUUCCCUGAGUUUACGUGGGAAUAAUUAAAGUUGUAUGACAACAAACAAUCAAUGCAAAAACACCCAGCCCGUCGGAAGAAUGUAACACAGUUACUGUGAUUAUUAACGUGAUUUAUUAAAAACAAACGCUAGUUAGCUAACCGAUGCUAACUAAACGCUCCGUAAAAGUUGCUUGAAGUUGUCGACACAACACUGUUACCGUUAGCUUUGGUUGAUGGCCGGUGUCGCUCCCCCCGUCCCGUCCGCUCUGGCCUCAUUUCUCUCCACGUUGCUUCCCCGGGGCUUCGCCGUGGGGCCCUCGCGGCUCUGUGGGGGCACGGUGGGGCUGUGGUGGGUCGGCCGCUCGCUGGAGGCCGGAUCCCUGCUGGGGAGGGACGGGGACACGGAGUGGGCCUACGAGUGUCAGCCCGACCCGAUGACAGACGGUGAACCCACGACGGACCCUGAAUCCGAAACAUGUCAGACCAACAGCACAGACGCAGAGAAGGCACUGAUUGAGAAAGCAGCAAAUACAGAAGAAGCUUUAAUAAAAAGAGCCGUCUGGAUCAAAUUUGCCUGCCGGGCGCGAAACAGAGCCCAGCAGAACGUGUCGGAGCAGUGCGCCUGUGGAGAGGUGUGUGCGGCCGGGUGUGUGGAGGCGUGUCUGCGCGUAUGUCGGGACAUCCAGCCGGGAACAGAGCUGCUGCUGUACGGAGGAGGAGACGCGGUGGGAAGAAGUCAGACAGCAGACGAACACGACUCCACUGGACACAUAGAUUUCGCGGUGGAGACUUUAGCCGCCGACGUUUCUGUCAUUCAAGAGACGGAGGAGGAGGAGGAAGAGGAAGAACGGCGCAGGUGCAUCAAGAGGAGUCAUCGGAUCACACACCUGAGGAACAGGAGAGUGAAGGAAACCCCGGACAAUAUCACAUCAUCAGGUGGACAGACAGACGGCACAUGUGGUGUCCCGGCUGCUGUGGACAGACAGACGCACCGUGAACCCACAGACCGUCCCGUCCGCUGCAGCUCCCGCCUGGCUGCCAAACCGCGACGCAUUCACUGUGUGAGCGGCCACGGGAAGCAACCGCCCGAACAGACGGAGGGACGGGGCCGGAGCUCCGCCGAGGACGCCGCCGCCGCGCCUCCUCCAGACGAGGCGGUUCCCGAGAGGAGGACCUCGGGGCCCGACGAGGUCCUUGCCGAGGAGACGGUUCUCUCGUGGGAUCCGGAGAUCAGAGAGAGGCGGUACAGGUGCUCCAGCUGUGGGAAGAAGUUCUACCAGAUCGGUCACCUGAAGAAGCACCAGUUCAGCCACACGGAGGAGAAACCCUUCAGCUGCCAAGAGUGUGGGAAGAACUACACCUCAGCAGAAAGCUUCAGAGCCCAUCAGAUGAGUCACCGCGGCGAGCGCCCGUUCUCCUGCCCUCACUGUGAGAAGUCCUACGGGCUGAAGCGGGACCUGAAGGAGCACCUGGUCCUUCACACCGGGGAGAAACCCUACGUCUGCGAGCACUGCGGCAAGGCGUUCGCCCGCCGGCCCUCGCUGCGCAUCCACCGCCUGCUUCACUGCAGCAGAAGGAUUUACACUCAGCUUCCGAAGGUGCAGUGUACAGUCUGCCCCAAGCUGCUGGCUAACUCCGGCUCUCUGAGGAACCACAUGAAGCUCCACACGGGAGAGAAACCUCACGUCUGUCAGCACUGUGGGAAGUGCUUCAGUCAGAAAGGGAACCUGGAGUCUCACUUGAGAACUCACAACGGGGAGAAGCCGUAUCCCUGCGGCGAGUGUGACCAGAGCUUCUCCCAGAAACCAGACCUCCGUCGGCACAUGUUUUCCCACACGGGGGGAGGUUUCCUCUGCAGCUACUGCGGGAAGUCACUGAGGGACCCGCACAGCCUGAAGUCACACGAGAGGCUGCACACCGGAGAGAGACCCCAUCGCUGCCCCGUCUGCGGAAAAGGCUACACGUUAGCCACGAAGCUGCGGAGACACAUAAAGUCGUCCCACCUGAUAGAGAAGCCGUACAGCUGCCACUGCGGUGCUUCAUACACGGUGAGACAGAGUCUGCUGAGGCACCAAGCUCAGCACAGGACCGAGGGAGGAACUCAGGAGGAGGUGAAGGCGGCCGAGUCGGAGGAAGGACACGGAGAGGAGACGGAAAGCAGCAGAGCGACGGAGGAGGAGGUGCACGAGUCGGCUUCUUCUGGCUCCGGUCACCCGAAGCCGAUCAGAGGCCGACCCAAGAAGAGCUCGCUUCCUCUGGGGGAAGGAGAGAAGGAGGAGGGUCAAGUGAGGCGGAAAAGGGGACGAGGAAAAGUGGAGGAAAAGGAGGCGAGGAAAGAAACUGGGACGGGAGGAGACGAGGAGGCUUCAGGUAACAUCCAACAUGUCGUCUACGUCCACGCAGACGGCCUGUCCAUAGACAACUCGCUGCCCUCAGGGACGGAACAGGAGCUGGUGGAGGUGGUCAUAUCGGAGGGCGCAGAGCAGUGCAUUGUGGUCCACGGGCAGCAGACAGUAGGGGAGCUGCUGAUCCUACAGGAGGAGGGGGACGGACUCUGCUCUGUGGCGCAGACAGUUGAGAUAAACACAGGGUAGUCUGGUGGCUUCUACAGGACAGAUGUUUCAGAGGGAUCAGGUCGUGUCACACAGAUGUUACAGCAGAUUUCAUCAAUUCAUCAUGUUCACUACAUCUCGGUUAACUUAAGUUGUGGUUUACACGUGUCUUUUUGUCCAAUCAUGCCCGGACGCAUUAACUGUCAAGUCUGUCUCCGAGAUCGUAUUUUGCUCGUAUUGGGAUUCAAUCAGCCAGACCACAUGCUGAGUUGUUUUGGCUCCUUUAGAGUCCUUUUCAGUUACUACUGACAAAAAACCCCAAUAUUUCCUGAUUUUUGUAGCUUCAAAAUAAAAACCUUUUAAAUAAAAAACAAUUGCGGGGGACUUUUAUUGUGAAGAAUUUGUUAGC